ACAAGCGUGUAAAUAUUAGCCGUUAAACGGUUGUUUUUAUGUCGCGCCUGUACAGAGGACACCAACCGAAAGGGCGGAAGAGGAGAAGGAGGAAUAUCAUACGUAUGAAAGGUUCCUCAGGCUACCGCUUUCAUCGCUCAAUUAAUCGGUAGGAUUAUUUCGAUAAGCUUAUUUUACUGCAAUCCGCCUUUAAUUGGUACUUACCGCCAUACCAGGCUCUAGCGGCUUGUGGGGAAGGACGAGCUUCAUUUAUUAGCUGCACGUCAGGUGAAUGCGCUCUUGAAUGUUUCCCUGGACGUUUAGGUGCACAUUAGACGGGCUAAUCCUUACGAAUGGGGCGAAUACGCGUGAGAACGUUUUGCAAAGACAUCUCGACGGCGAGAGCAUGCGCAAAUGCCCAACAUCUGCCGGGUCUUUCCUUUGAUGAUAAUCGUCAACUUCAUAGACGACUUUGAAUUGGAUGUAAAUGCAGAGUUGAUAUCAUCAUCGACUAUAUACGUCACUCCAGGUUUCCGCAGUAGUCCUAAUAGGGCAUGAAAAGAACUCUGUAUCAUCUUCACCAACAUUCGUGCAAGCAGCAAGAAUUCACCAAGAACACGAAGAAUUCGAAUUCCUGACCUUGAAAGUUCUCUGGAACUGGGUUAUGAACGAUCUCAGAACUCCCGAGCAAGGGUAAAACGGUUUAAACCUGUUUCAGCGCCAGAACGAGAUCUGGUCACCAUAAUGUCUAGAACAUCUGCCCACCAGACCGCACACCGCAUGAGCGAGAGAACUUUCUUUUUCGCUUUCUUUUCCCUAUCCCGUUCGUAACGCGUUGGAGAGCGAAAUGUACCGGGGUUACGGUUAAGAUAGGGCAAAACCUGCCGAAAGGGUCAGGUGUGGCGAACUGCUGGCGUAGAAAAGAGCGCAAUGUGCGAAGCUGCGUACGCAUGCGCUUCUUCGUUUUUUCAUUCUUUCUCUUUCUUUUCUCUCUCUCGGUCUCUCUCUCAUUCUUUACUCUUCGAUGUAGGCUUUCAUACGCACUUUUCUUUCGUAUCUCGCGGGAGGCUCGUCUCAAGUGCAUGUAGACUCCACCGGAAAUCCACCAACUUCAGAUGAUAUACAUCUCUUUCUCUCACACUCACAUCUUCUCUCUCUCUCUCUUCCCUUUGGUUGCCAACGCUUGGGAAAAGAAAGCCAAAGCGCAAGCUCCAGUGGCUGAAAGAGUCCGCCAAUGUGAUGCUGUUAGAUACAGCCGAAGAAGAAUGAAAUGGCGAACGAGAGCGGUUUUGCUUUCUUUCGAACAACAACAACCGCAACAACAAAAAGCCGGGAUCGCGAUAUGAGCGAAGCCUCCCGGAGAAUGACCACGUGUGUUUGCUUCUUUUUUUUCUUCUUCUUCUUCAUCUCUCUCUUUCUCUCUCUCUGUCUCCUCUUCUGGUAGUAGCCGGUGUAUGUGUAUAAUGUUUUUUUUUUUAUUUUUGCACCAGAGACUUCGAUGCCCCGAAAGCGAGCAGACCGAGGUGGUGAACCGACCGAACAGCACGAAGAAAGUCGAAAGAGAAGUCACCGUGGUGUAGGAAGGAACGGACCAGCAUGAGCUGGAGCGAAAAGGGCAGAUAAAUGCCGUGAGCCUAUUUUCGGGGGAGAGGUGGCUGGAUUUGAGGUGAGGACGCCUAUUUUAGCCUGGUGGGUUGCGAAAGCGUACGGAAGGAACGUGGCGUUUGGUGGUGAUGGUGGUGAUGGUGGUCCAUACAUCAUCAUCUGCGCCUUGGUAGCCAGCCGGACUCGGGGGCUCACACGGAUCGACUAUAACGCUGAAAGCAAACAGGUGAAUUAAACAUUCUGCCAUAGACAACCGUGGUGUUCGGACGCGCGGGCUACCUAAAUCGCCAAAAAACAAUCGCCGAGUUGUGGGUCCUGGUGCCCCAGUCAAAUACAUACGGGGACGCUUAUCAGCGUCACACUACACUUUGCGGGACAAGCGCAAUCUUUUUUUUUUUGCAACAAACAACAACCGCAACAACGCUUCAACGAAAAGCGUGGAUGCUGGGCUUUCCCGUGGUGUUUUGUUUUCAAAUUGACAGUUGAUGUAAGGAGCGUGAAGAACGGCAUCCUUCGUGUACUAUCCGAGUACUAAAGGUGUGUAAGUGUUAGUGAGUGUUAGUUGCCGGUACGUUUAAACGUUUUCUUCGGUAUAAAGUGUCGCUAAAAUAAAGCGAACCACAAUCGGAUAUUCAGGUGGCACCCGGUGUGUUGUGCAGCUGUGCCUGUAAACUAACAUUGGUGUGAUUUGAAAUUUAGUAGUGUAACCGGUGUGAAGCGUAACGGGCGUAACGCUCGUGUGUAUACGUACGCAACCAGUAGUUUAUCCUUUCCCCGUACGCAGCCACGCGACAGUGACAGUUGAAGCGUAGUUACAGCGGUACGCGUUAAACCAGUGAAAUAAUAACAAGCCGGUUCACAGCAAAGAUUGAGCAUGCGGCUGACAAGAUUAUUUUACUCAACGUUACUGAUAGGAAUACUGCAGCUGACGGUAGCCGAGGAUCAGGUCGAGGUUGUGAAAUCGGUUAGCCCUGGAGAUGAGGUGGCGAAGCGUGAAAACGAUUCCGACCAGGUUGCACUGGAAUCGGUUGAUCAAGAUUUGCAAGGAUCGGCACCGGUACAGUCCUACCCGCAACACUUACCAUCGCCAUUAAGCCACGGUUCGGUAGGCUUGGGUGGCCCCGGUUUGGCGAAACAUGGACCAGGCCCUCAGCAUGGACCGAUACCGCACCAUGGACCACCGAUACCGCAUGGACCGAGUCGAGCGUCUUUAAGCCAUGGUCAACCGUUCGGACCGCCACCACCGCCACCACCUCCACAAGGUGUACCGGUGGCACACGCCUACCAUGGUCCGCCUCCGCCACUACCACUAUCGGGUGCACUCAAAGCACAGGCCAGCGAGCUUAGCCCAGAGAAGCUGUACGGGCCACCGCUUGCCGGUAACGAACUCUGGUCGUCCCCAUUACAGGACAUGCCGAAAAUUGUCUCGCUGGACGUGAAGUGUGAAAAGCAAGGUAUGAAGGUGUUCGUCCAGUUCGACAAACCCUUCUUCGGCAUCGUUUUCUCCAAGGGUCACUACAGCAACGUCAACUGUGUGCAUCUGCCGGCCGGGCUCGGUAAAACAUCGGCUUCGUUUGACAUCGGUAUCCACGAGUGCGGUACGGCUGGCAACACGGACAACGUCCUGUACAACGGUUACUCCGGCACGGACACGAACGCGGGCUCGUACUUCGAGAACAUCAUCGUGCUGCAGUACGAUCCGCAGGUACAGGAGGUGUGGGAUCAGGCGCGCAAGCUCCGCUGUACCUGGCACGAUCAGUACGAGAAGUCCGUCACGUUCCGGCCGUUCCCGGUCGACAUGCUCGAUGUGAUACGGGCGGACUUUGCCGGUGAUAAUGUUGGCUGCUGGAUGCAGAUACAGGUCGGCAAGGGUCCGUGGGCAUCGGAGGUAUCCGGGCUGGUAAAGAUCGGCCAAACGAUGACGAUGGUGCUGGCGAUCAAGGACGAUGACAGCAAGUUCGACAUGCUGGUGCGGAACUGUAUGGCGCACGAUGGUAAGCGGGCACCGAUCCAGCUGGUCGAUCAGCGUGGUUGCGUUACACGGCCGAAGCUGAUGUCACGCUUUACCAAGAUCAAGAACUUCGGUGCGAGCGCCUCGGUACUGUCGUACGCCCAUUUCCAGGCAUUCAAGUUCCCCGACUCGAUGGAGGUACAUUUCCAGUGUACGAUCCAGAUCUGUCGCUACCAGUGUCCGGACCAGUGUACCGAUCCGGGUGUGCUGGACGUGCACCAUCUGUCCGGAGGACCGGAACACCAGCAAUAUGGACCACCGCCACCACCACCGCCUCCCCAGUCACUCGACGCGCACGUGUUUACCUCGAACCGCAAGCGGGACGACCGGCGGAUCCGACGUACGCGUGCGACCGACCCGGAACAGAAGGAGGACGUCGGACUGAACCGUGUCAUACGCGUUGUGUCGCCCGGUGAUCUUACAUUCCCGAUCGGGUCCGGCUCGGUGAACGAUACCGAGGCCGCCACGAUGGUAUUUUCUGCACGCGACGAAGGUCUCAUCUGCAUGACCACGCCCGGCUUUACCGUCACGAUCGUCGUGCUGCUAUCGAUACUGCUAGCCUCCUGCAUUACGUCCGCCUUUCUCUGCAUACGCCUCAAGCCGUUCUCGCUGUCACUAGCGAAGGAGCGUUCGGUUGCGUUCACCAAUCCGCACCUCACAUCGUCCGUCUCCGGUACCGUGCUGACCAGUGGAGCUAGCUCCAUCGUCGGUACGCUCAAGUCAACCAAAUCGAACGCCACCAACAGCAAAACGCGUAUGUUCUACACCUGAACGGUCGGUCGGAUUUGGGGAAGUGCUUGAGUGCGAGCUGAGGAGCGAAUCCCCCCCGGUUCUUGCUGCAUCCUUUCGUUUCUCAAUCCACGAUCCACCUCUGUUUUUUUUUUGUUUUUCGUGCGUUCUCCCAACCCUUCUCGAUCGCAACCGGGAAGGUGGAACGAGCGCCAACGGACGCUUCCUACUCCCCCCCCCCCCCUUUCCCCCUUACACAAAACCCAUCCUCUCCAGUCAACACGCAGGUGUGCUGCACGGCAAAACACGGAACUCAAACUAAAUGGAAACCGUUUUUUUUUUGUUUUGUUUUUACAAAGCAAACACUAGAUCUAUUUCUUAAAUUUCCGCCCACUUCAAAACAAAAACGCAAAACAUUUUUCAAACGAUUUUUUUGUUGUUGUUGUUAAAUACAGCAGGGCAGUAUUUAGUUGAUACAUUUCUAAGAGUUAAGGUUAGGCACCUUUUAAAGACAAAAGAAAAGAAACAACACACACACGGACACACGCACACACGCACACAUACAAAAUAGGAAGGGGGGUAGGGGCACACAUAGAAAGUACACACGGAUAGUAAAAUGGCCGACCCGGGGGAAACAGGUGCAGCAGCCAGUCGGUGGAGCUCCCGCGUUGGUGAUGGGAUGUAUGGGGUGAUGGCAGGCUACAUUUAACCAGGCGCAAGUAUUGUGCCCGUUUUCCCUUUGUUUUCCGGGCGUUUUCCGGUGCAUCCGGAUCACUGGUGCUAGGGAAAGGAUGCUUGCCAAAAAAAAAAAACAAAAAAAAAGAAACAAACACACACAUACACAAACACUUCUAGUACGAUGAAUGGGGAGGAGAGCUCUCCCGAUGGGGACGAUCUACAUUGUUUAGUAUAUUAGCGUAUUGAGCAUUAUUUAUUGAUUGAUUUAUUUAUUUAUUUAUUUAAUCGCUAUUACUUCUGCGCAAACACGACUGCUUACUUGAAAGAGGAAAUACAUAACUUAUUUAUUUAAAAAAAAAGUUUGAUUUAGUGCGAAGGGGUUUCACGUAAAACAGUCCUUCGCAUACGCAAACAGCGUAGUGAUGGGGGCCCCUUCACUUCAUCCACCUACUAAUCUACUUCUGCUAAACGGUUUCACAUUACUACUUUCGCGAAGCACUAGCUGACAUUUUAAAAAUGUCACCUUUUGCCUUCAUUUCCCCCCCCCCCCCCCCCCCCCCUCUUCCUGCUGACUGGCCUAAGAGCAUGCAGCUGAAUGCAUGCAUCUGUGCACGUUUGUAGCGAGUACCGCCUUACGAGCGAAUGAGAAUUUACUAGGAGUCUCCUGUAGUAGCCACCCGCCAUAGACACGUACGUCAGGUGAGACGUAUAAUAGUAAACGCAUCCAAACUUACAGAGACAUACAUCGAUCAGGGGUUAAAUUUAACGACACAACACACAACAGCUGCUUCCCAUACGCUUUUGCUUCGGUUCUAUUCCAGACGUAUCACAGCUUCGCAACACGUGCAUCAGAAUGGCAUUCAGAUGAUAUGAUAAAUAUUACACAAUAUAACGAACAGAAAAAAGAGUGUAUGUGAGAGAGAGAG